ACUGCAGCUUAAGUAAGGAUGCGGGGGGACUUAAUUUAUCUUAUUCACGCCGUGAAAACAACUUGUGAGUGACGGUGACAUCUACCGGCGCAGCUAACGAUUUCUCGCUGAUUAGGGAGGGCGGUGAUACCAUGUGGGAGUCACAUGCACCAUGAAGGAUGAGGCAUAAACAACCAGCAGGCAGCUUGAGAAGACAGUGUCUGCCUUAAGGAGAGGAGGGGGGGCAGGUUUGCUGCUUGUAUAUGUAUAUAUAUAUUUAUAUAUGUGUGUAUAUAUAUAUAUAUAAAAAAGGCCAUUUUUGCACAAGCAGCCCCCUGUCUCCACGUUUUCUGAACAUAUGCAAUGAACAGCACCACUCAAACUCCUGCCAUCACAAAUGGGGAUGUGGCAGUGGGCUAUGUGUUGGUACCGUUUCUCCUCAUCACCAUCAUUGGUAUAGCUGCAGCUGUGGUCAUGUAUAUUCGUAAGAAAAGGAGGAUUGACAGACUUCGGCAUCAGCUGUUACCGGUUUACACAUACGAUCCUUCGGAGGAACUUAAUGAAGCUGAACAAGAAAUCUUGUGGAGAGAAGAGGACACGAGGAUUGUACAAGGUUGGGCCAGAAGUUAUCAACAGCGACGCCCACUUCUGACCAAAGACAUGGAUGCAUGAUGGUAGAAAACCAUGGCAUAGAACAUUUUCAGUGUGGAGACAACCAUGAAGUCAUGCAUAAGACUAUCUCCCUUUUGUUUUGUUUGUCUUUGCUACCAUUUGCCGUUAUCUUUGAACACAUCAGCGACAGACAGCGUUUCUCUUUUUCCUGUUUUAUGCACAUGAUUGUUUGUGUGGUUUUAAUGCCAAUCCUGUGUGCCUAACAGACGCAGUACCUUAGACUUAUUUAUUUGAAAUUAUUUAUUCAGACUUAUUACUGUGGUAUCUGAGGGCAUGGUGAGUUAAGAAAGACAGACAGAAUAAAGCUAAAGACACAGGUUCCUGCUGGGUAACUCUAUUGUUUACAUUGACGAUGUUGUUGUGGGCGACACGAGGCGAACAGUUCUUUUCCUGUGGUUUUCAGUAGGCAGUCGUACUGACUAUAAUUUAGAGGCAGUGUUCACAGUGUAGUAAGAGAUAAGUGUUGUGCACUAGUUGAAAAAAAUCAUCGCUCCUGCUGUGCGAUGGUUUGUGAUAAUUGCCUGGAUAGGUUGCUGUGUGGUGGUUGUUUGCAGUGCUUUAAAAACAAAUAUGGCUCCUUCAAUGAAUUGCACUCAACAGUCACAUUUGUUGACAUGAAACACUGUAAUAUGACAUAGCAACAGGAGUUUUAAAUUCAGUUUCGAGACAGAAAUAACUGUUUGGUAAAUUUUAUUUCAGCUUCUUUUCGAGUCAAAUGAAAGAACUCUUUGGUUUUAAUUAACUCAGACUUUAAGUAGCUACCCCACGAUCCGGAUCUUUUUGUGGUUUAGCCAAAUCCUAUGACUCUUAUCAAUGGCAUGAAGUGCCAGAUAUGGAAGCAAAUAAAACCAAGCUCCUCUCAUCCCCAAAAUGAGUCGUGACUAGUGCCGUAAAUAUGUCCUGUCUACAAGGCAUGGCACCAGCACAGAUUUACCUCCGGCUGAAGAGCCUGUUCAGAUGAAUGCCAUAGGUCUGACUGUAUCAAGCACUCAGGAAACUUGCUUUUUUUUUUUUCCUCCCUCUGUGAUGAAUUGUAACCUUUCCUAGACCUCUGCCUUGCAUAUGUGAAUGUAAACUAAACACAUUAGAACUGUUGAAGAAGCGUUCUCACUGGAGAACAUGUCUCGUAGUGGUUGUGAAUAUAAAUGCUUUAGAGAGAUGAAAGCCUAAAGUUGAUGUUAUCAGGUAUGACAUCUUUAGGAAUGAGCUUUUACAUGGAUGUUUUCUGUAGUCCUUUCUGGACCUGAAAAAAUCUUUACCCCAGAACACGUUCCUCGGUGCUCCUCGGUCAUCUUUACAUCUCACUGUUCUUUUUCUAUGCAUUGUCAAGACUUUUUUUUAAUUUUUACAUGAAAGACCAAUAGGGCAGUCACUGUUUAAACUAUACAAAUAUCCAUCAUGAGACAUUGAUUUGCACUGACUAAACUUUUAAUGGAUGGCUCUGAUUUCAGGUUUGUACUUGAAAAGUCAUAGAACUACUGAUAAAUAUAAAUCCGGCAGCACGAUUAUAAAAGCUUCACCUUCACCAGUUUGUUGCUUUGACAAGAGAAUUGAUGCUGAUUUAAACAUUAAACAUGUAAAUAAAGUAAUA